AUUGCUUUGCUUAUAUUUUAACAUAAAGUUAAAUUAAGAGUUUUAAUUAAUAAACACAGUGGUUGCAUAAAUUCAAAUAAAAGCUGGAUUAUUUUAUUGUUUUCUAAGUAAACAUACUAGGUCAUAACCUACUCGCUCUGCUGCGGAGCUUUCGGGCGUGUGUUGUUUUUUAAACCAUUCAUCUCAUUGUGCGGGCAUGUGAGAAAGUUUAAAGGAAGGCUAGUAAAAACUAAUAUCAAUGGAGGUGUUGUGUUUCCGGUCCAAGUACAUCACGGAGGAGCUGGUUCGGAUCUUCUCCGAGGAAACGGACAGCGAGGAGGAGUUCGAGGGAUUCGGCUGGGAUGGAAGUCCGCGGCUCAACUGCUGGAUAAAGGGCGUGUCGGAAUCCACAGAGGACACUGGCUUUUAUUCUGAAGGAGAGUCAAAGAAUCCCGUGGGACGCAGCCCCCCUGGCCUCCGCGUGGCCUUCCGGUUCCCCUCCAAGAAGCGUCCGGCCCGGCAGAAACAUGGGUCCGACUCUGACCCCCAGGACUCUGAUGGGGCCUGGGCAGAGGUGGAGAGUGCGAGGGUUGCCCUGAAGCCCAAGCUGGGGGGGCGGGGGGAGGCCCUUGGGCCAUACGUCAGGGCAGAGCUUGGCGAUGACAACGCGGAUAGCGAGUUCCAGUGCAAGCGUGCCAGGAACAUCGAGGAAAAUAAAGCGAUGCUUGCAAAGUUAUUUGCGGACAUGAAUUCAGUUCCUGAGCUUUCCCCGCAGAAGACGCCCACGAAAAAGAAGACUCGGAGAAAGAAACUCUCCUCCAAUGGGAUGAUCGAGCGGCGUAACCCCUCCCGAAGAGCACGCCCCCCCGAGCACUUUGGAGUGGAGGAAGUCUUGGACUCCACCACCAAGCUGUCGGCCUUCGACAGACUGGACACCAAGAGCCUCUUGGAGGCAGGAGGAAGAUGGCCCAGGCCCCACGGCGUGAGGAGGAGCUCCAGGAACAGGCAUCUCCUGCGUGACGUGGUCGACAUCACCAAGGAAGAGCUAGAAAACGUGGCCCAAGCGGCGAAGGACAAGAUCCUCGACAAAGACCAUGGGACGACUUGUCACCAGUGCAGACAGAAGACGCUCGACACAAAGACCGUGUGCAGGAGCGCGUCCUGUAAGGGCGUGAGGGGGCAGUUCUGCGGGCCCUGUCUCCGUAACCGCUAUGGCGAGGACGUCCGCGCCGCCCUACUUGACCCUGCAUGGAAGUGUCCCCUCUGCCGAGGCGUCUGUAACUGCAGCUUGUGCCGCAAACGAGAAGGCCGGUGUGCCACAGGGGCACUGGUGCGAAUGGCCAAGUUCUACGGUCACAGCAGCGUCCGGGAGUACCUGGAGAGUCUACAGAAGCAGCUGUCGUAGGACAGGUCUUUGGCGGACAGACGUCGGAUCAAAGACUGGGGGUGUCUGUAGUCAGUGCUGAUUCACUUUAAAUGUUGUGUUUUGAUUGUGGCUCAUGCCAGGAUGGAAAUGGUUAAUGCCUGUUGAUUGUCAUGCAAGAAGAUGCUUGUUGUAUCAGUCAUUAGUCUAGACAUUUUUAUAUAUUGUACGAUGUGGGGGGGAAAAGUGUCCCCCCCCCUUAUGCGCAGAGCUUCAUUUGGCAGUAUAAGAGGGGUAACUAUUGUUAGUAAUUAAAUGUUUUUGUUGAUCA